AUGAACAUCUCAAUCGACUCCCUCUGCAAGGACACUCCAUCCAAGCAAACCUAUACAUCCUCCAUCAUCAACUCCUACACCCAGCUCCGCACCAUCCUCCACGAGAAUGAAAAGAUCAUCCUCGACGGAGAAUCCCUCGACAUCACCUCCGUCACCGCUGUUGCCAUCCACAACACCAAAGCAGCCAUAACGCCCUCCCCUGAAAUCGCAGGCCGCAUGAACCACAGCGUGCGCGUCCUCAAUGAAAAGCUCGUCAACGGCGAAAUCAUCUACGGCGUGACGACCGGUUUCGGUGGAAGCGCAGAUACCCGGACUGCGGAUUAUCCCGCGUUGCAGAAGGCGCUGAUCCAGCAUCAUAAUUGUGCUGUUGUGCUUCCUGCUGAUCGGGGGGAAUACUCUUCGGGUAUGCGUAUGGGUAUGGGUAUGUUGGACGAGGUAAAAAGCCACGCUAUGCCGGUGUCGACGGUGCGGGCUGCGAUGCUGAUACGGUGUAACUCGCUUCUGCGGGGCCAUUCGUGCGUGAGGAUGCAUGUGGUGGAGGGGAUUCUGAGCCUGUUAGAGAAUGAUAUGACGCCUGUUGUUCCGCUGAGGGGGAGUAUUUCUGCGUCUGGGGAUUUGACUCCCCUCGCGUAUAUUGCGGGUGCGUUGGAGGGGAAUCCGGAUAUCAUGGUGCGGUGUUCUGAUGGACGGAUGGUUUCGUCUCAGCAAGCGUUAGAGGAGAUAGGACUGGCUCCGGUUGAAUUCAACGCGAAAGAGGGGCUGGGGCUGCUUAAUGGAACGGCGUUUAGCUGCGGCAUGGCAAGUUUGGUUCUGUUUGAGGCGAAUCAGCUUGUCCUGUUGGCGCAGGUGUUGACGGCGAUGGGGACGGAGGCGUUGCUGGGGACGAGAUACAACUAUCACCCGUUUAUUGGGGAUGUACGGCCUCACGAGGGCCAGAAGGAGGCAGCGGGGAAUAUGUUUCGCUUUCUGGGGGACUCGAAGAUGGUGACGGGGGCGUAUCUGGGAUCGACAGGGCUGGCGCAGGAUCGAUACGCACUGCGGACGUCAGCGCAGUGGAUAGGGCCUCAGUUGGAGAAUUUAAAGCUGGCAUUGUCGCAGGUUACGACGGAGUUGAACUCGACGACGGAUAAUCCGUUGCUGGAUGCAGAGAAGGAGGAGGUUCAUCAUGGCGGCAACUUUCAGGCUGCGUCUGUGACGUCCGCGAUGGAGAAGACCAUGACAGCGAUGCAGAUGAUCGGACGGAUGGUGUUCUCGCAGUGUUCGGAGAUUAUCAAUCCGAUGCUGAAUAAAGGAUUACCGCCGAACCUGAGCGCGGAUGAUCCCAGUUUAUCGUUUGCGUUGAAGGGCGUGGAUAUCAACAUGGCGUCGUACAUGUCGGAACUGGCGUAUCUGGCGCAUCCGGUCAGCAACCAUGUGCAGUCUGCGGAGAUGCAUAAUCAGGGGCUGAAUUCGCUGGCGCUGAUUGCGGGACGGUAUACCGGGGAGACGGUGGAGGUGGUGUCGUUGAUGAUGGCGACGUAUCUGUAUGUGUUGUGUCAGGCGGUGGAUUUGAGGGCAAUGUAUGGGGAGUUUGUACGGGGGGUCAAGGGGGAGGUGGAGGCUGUCACUGCUGAGCUGGCUGGCGAUGAGGGGAUUCAGGGAGUGUGGCAGGAGGUGAUGGGUCAUUGGGAUGCGAACAGCACGAGGGAUUUGGCUGAUCGGGCUGAGGUGGCAGUGGGUAACUCGAUUGGGGUUGUUGUGAAGCUAUCCAGAGACAUACAAAGUGUCAACGAGUGGAGAGACAGGACGGUGAGGAUAUUGAGAGAGCGAUACGAUGAGACCAGAGAGGGUUUCUUCAAGCGUCAGACGACCAAGAAAUAUCUCUGCAGUUCGUCCAGGAAGCUGUAUAUCUUUGUUCGCGAGACGUUGGAUGUUCCAAUGCAUCGAGGAUUGAUUGACCAUCCCACAAUUCAGCCCCAGCAGGGGAAGAAGUCGAUUGGGAGCUAUAUUAGCAUUGUGUAUGCUGCAUUGAGGGAUGGGCAGAUGAGGAAUGUUCUUUUGGAUGUCUUUAAUCUAUAG